CUGAGGGGUCGCACCAUGGCGGGCGCGGGUGGGCGGGCGGCCGCCUCCUCCACCUCGUCGGAGUCUUACACGGGCCGCGGCUCUUCCACGCCGGGCGUGGGCGGGCGAGCGGAGCAGACGUUCCGCUACACCCUGGGGCUUCUGCAGACACCGCACAGCACGGAGAGCAGCGCGGGCUCCUCCAGCGGUGGGGCACGGCCGGGCGGCUCCAGCGGGGAAGGUCUCGCAGCCGGCCGGGCCGCCGGGAGCGGCGCGAUGAAGCCAGCGGCUUCCGAAAGAGGAGAAUCAUAUUUUGGGGACAAAAGUUCUUGCGUAGAAAAUGCUAACACCUUGAAUCUCACGAGUUCUUCUUCUGUGCGAGGCCUGAAUAGCACACGUGUAGGAAAAACACCUCUCUCUUCUGGUAGAUCUGUUUGCAGGAGCCAUACCCCUCUUAUGGGAUAUUCGGUUACAUCCUCAUCUGCAGUUUCUGCUCAUACUGUUGCAUCGGUUAUUGUAGCUGUAGUAGAAGGAAGAGGCCUUGCCAGAGGUGAAGUAGGGAUGGCCAGUAUAGACUUAAAAAAUCCUGAGAUGAUAUUAUCACAAUUUGCAGACAACACAACUUAUGCCAAGGUUAUUACUAAACUCAAGAUUUUAACACCGCUAGAAAUAAUAAUGUCAAACACUGCUUGUGAUGCAGGGAACACAACAAAAUUGUUCAGUCUGAUAACGGAGCAUUUCAAGAAUGUGACUUUUACAACUGUCCAGAGAAAAUACUUCAAUGAAACAAAGGGUUUGGAGUACAUAGAACAAUUGUGUGCAUCUGAAUUUAGCACCAUUUUCAUGGAGGUCCAAUCGAAGUAUUACUGUCUUGCAGCUGCUGCUGCUUUGCUAAAAUAUGUUGAAUUUAUUCAAAACGCCGUUUAUGCUCCUAAAUCGCUCAAGGUGCGUUUCCAGGGGAGCGAGAAAACAGCUAUGAUAGAUUCGUCAUCAGCACAAAAUCUUGAACUGGUAAUUAAUAACAGAGAUUCUCGGAAUGGUCACACACUUCUUGGUGUUCUAAAUUACACUAAAACUCCCGGUGGAAGUCGAAGACUUAGAUCCAAUAUCCUGGAACCUCUAGUUGAUGCUGAAACAAUUAACACAAGACUGGACUGUGUUCAGGAAUUACUCCAGGAUGAGGAGCUCUUUUUUGGUCUUCAAGCAGUUAUCUCAAAAUUCCUGGACACAGAACAACUACUUUCAGUUUUGGUACAAAUUCCAAAGCAAGAUACAGUUAAAACUGCUGAAUCAAAAAUAACUAAUUUAAUCUACCUGAAGCAUACCUUAGAACUUGUGGAGCCUCUGAAAGCUGCUUUAAGAAGCUGUAGCACACAGCUGCUAAAGGCUUAUUACAAUUCUCUUGAAGAUACAAGAUUUGGAAUUAUACUUGAAAAGAUUACAACUGUAAUUAAUGAUGAUACAAGAUACACAAAAGGAUGUCUGAGUAUGAGGACCCAGAAGUGCUAUGCUGUUAAGCCUAACAUCAAUGAAUUCCUUGACAUAGCUCGUAGAACAUACACAGAAAUUGUUGAUGACAUAGCAGGUAUGAUAACGCAACUUGCAGAAAAGUACAGCCUGCCAAUGAAAACAAGUUUCAGCUCUGCUCGUGGAUUUUUUAUCCAGAUGAAUGCUGAUUGUUCAACAUUACCUAAUGGCCAGCUUCCUUCAGAAUUUACAAAGAUCACAAAAAUGAAAAACACAUAUAGCUUCACUUCAGCAGAUUUAAUAAAAAUGAAUGAAAGAUGUCAGGAGUCCCUGAGAGAAAUAUAUCACAUGACCUACUUAAUAGUGUGUAAACUACUGAAUGAGAUCUAUGAACACAUUCAUUGCUUAUACAAGCUGUCCGACAUUGUGUCUAUGCUGGAUAUGCUACUUUCAUUUGCCCAUGCCUGCACUCUUUCCGAUUAUGUUCGUCCAGAAUUUACCGAUACUUUAGCAAUCAAGCAGGGAUGGCAUCCCAUUCUUGAAAAGAUAGCUAUGGAAAAACCUGUGUCUAACAACACGUACCUGACAGAGGGCAACAAUUUUGUCAUUAUUACAGGACCAAAUAUGAGCGGAAAAUCAACAUACCUAAAACAGAUUGCUCUCUGUCAAAUUAUGGCACAAAUUGGUUCUUAUGUCCCAGCAGAGUAUUGUUCUUUUCGAAUCGCAGAGCAGAUUUUUACCAGAAUAGGUAUGGAUGAUGAUAUUGAAACAAAUGCAUCCACGUUCAUGAAGGAAAUGAAAGAGAUAACGUACAUCAUACAAAAUGCUAAUGAUAAAUCACUCAUCAUUAUUGAUGAACUUGGCAGAGGUACCAGUGCUGAAGAAGGUAUCGGCAUUUGUUAUGCUGCCUGUGAAUAUCUGCUGAAUUUAAAGGCAUUUACACUGUUUGCUACACACUUCCUGGAACUAUGCCAUAUAGAUGCUUUAUAUCCCAAUGUGGAAAACUACCAUUUUGAAGUGCAACAUGUGAGAAGCAGUGCUGGAAAUAAGGAGAAAAUUGCUUACACUUACACACUUUCUAAAGGAUACACAGAGGAAAAAAACUACGGACUAAAGGCUGCAGAAGUGUCCUCCCUACCAUCAUCCAUAAUUUUGGAUGCAAAGGAAAUCACAAAUCACAUUGCAAAACAAAUUUUGCACAGGCAGAAAAGCACUCCUGAGAUGAUGAAACAGAGAGCUGCAUACCAGUUAGCAAUGAGAUUGGUUCAGACUGCCAGAAACUCUCGACUGGACCCAGACAGUUUGCGUGUAUAUUUGAAAGGCCUGAAGAAAAAGUAUGAAGCCAGUUGUCCCACACCCGCAAAAAUUGAUGAGCAACAGUAAUGUGUAACAUAGGCUGUUGUUAUGUUGUUAUGACUACAAGAUGAUUCUGGUCUUUCCCAUAGUAUUAAUACUGUCUUUUCACAUGGUUUUAUAAUUUUUAGUCUAAAUUAUACUCACUGAUGGAAGACCGUAUCCUUUAUGGGUUUUUCCCCUCCAACGUAUGUGGAAUAGAAGCAUUUACUUUCUAUGAGAAACACAAUUCUUUUUCACAAUAAAUUGUAUAAUUCUCAUCAUUUUAGAGACAAAAAAAAAUUUAAUGUUUAGUAUUUUGUAAGUGAUAUAUCUGUUAUAAUAGUUCUUAUAUCUGAUACAAAAAGCACUUAGAUGGUUCAGUUAUCUUGCAUAGAUGAUCUUUACUUGCACUGUUGAACCUGCAUCCAGAAAUACUCUUGUUCGCUACUCAAGAAGGGUCGUAACUCUCUGUCAUUAUGCGUAACCCAACAUAACACAGGCAGUCCGGGUCUGCUGCCUCUCCAGAACUGGGCAACCAGAGCUUUUUUGUAAUACAAUAACAAUAUAUUACUAUGGUAUUGAUACUGUUGAUCAAUUUUUGUUUAGAGAGUUAGUAACAGGAAAUAAAUAAAACGUUGAACGUCA